GGGUAUUCAGUGUUGCAACUGACAGUGUAUUCAUUUUGACAGUAGAUUUUUCUCAACGCGAACUAUCAGACUCUCAGAAUGUUCCGCCUUGCUGCUAGCCAAAUCGCUAACAUUGCUCGUAGCUCCAUCGGCGUAACCAGCCGUGUUGGUGUUGUCCGUGCUGCCCAUCAUGAAAUUCCUGCCGAGGAAUUCGACAAACAGUAUGAAGAUUACUUCAGCCGUGCCGAUAUCGAUGGCUGGGAGGUGCGCAAGGGCAUGAACGAUUUGUUGGGUAUGGAUUUGGUUCCAGCUCCCAAAAUUGUCGAUGCUGGCUUGAAGGCAUGCCGUAAGGUUAACGACAUUGCUUUGGCCAUCAGAUGGUUGGAAGGUGUCAAGGAUAAGUGCGGUGACAAGACCGAUGAAAUCUAUCCCUACAUCAUCAACCACGUUCGUCCCACCCUCACUGAAUUGGGCAUUCCCACACCCGAAGAAAUCAACUACGACAAACCAGAAUUGGCCCUUAAGUCUGUGUUCGAUAUGUAAGGA